CUACGUUGUUCACAUAACUUGCUGAUAUUCCUGUUUGUUUUUGAGCCACCACCAAGCCAACACGGCCUUUCGGGUGCCUCUCUGAACAAAGGAAUCAUGGGCAAGCCAGUUAAGGCGACGGGCAAGGAGCUCAAGGCCAAGCAGGCGGCCACCAAGCUGGAGAAGAAGAAGCCCGAGCCUGAGUCUGACUCUGAUGAGGAGUCCGAUGACUCUGACGACUCUGACGACGCUCCGGCUGUGAAGAAGGCGGCCCCUGCCAAGGCGCCUGCCAAGAAGGAGGAGUCGUCCGACGACUCGGACGACGACGACGACAGCGACGAUGACAGCGACGACGAGCCCCCGAAGAAGGCGGCUCCCGCCGCCAAGGCCGCUGCCAAGAAGGCCGCCGACAGCGACGACGAUGACGACAGCGAUGACGAUGAUGACAGCGACGAUGAGCCCCCCGCUAAGAAGGGCAAGCCCGCUGCCGCCCCCGCCGCCGCCGCCAAGAAGGCCCCUGCCAAGAAGGAGGAGUCGUCCGACGACGACGACGAUGACGACGAGAGCGACGACGAUGACAGCGAGGAGGAGGCGCCCAAGAAGAAGGCCGCCGCCCCCGCCGCCGCCAAGAAGGCCGCCGCCAAGGACGACAGCGAUGAUGACGAGGAGGACAGCGAUGACGACGACGAUGAUGAGGACAUGGAGGAGGCCAAGCCCGCCGCCGCCAAGCGCAAGGCGGACGACGACGAGGAGGAGGAGGCUGAGGAGGAGGAGCCCGUCAUCAAGAAGAAGCAGCGCCUGGACGUGAACGGUGCCGCCGCCGCCACCAACGGCGGCGCCGCCGCCGGCGAGUCGGUCACCGUGUUUGUCGGCAACCUGAGCUGGUCCGCAUCGGAGGACGACAUCAAGAAGCACUUCAAGGACUGCGGCAAGAUUGUGUCGGUGCGCAUCGGCAUGGACGCCGCCACCGGCCGCUCCAAGGGCUACGCCCACGUCGACUUCGAGUCGGCAGACCAGGCCCAGAAGGCUACCAGCAAGGCCGGCUCGGAGCUGGGCGGACGCAACAUUAAGGUGGAGGUGGCGCAGGCGCGCGCGCCGCGCGAGAGCUACGGCGCCGCUGGCAACGGCGGCGGCGACGAGGAGGGCACGACUGUGUUCAUCAAGGGCUUCGACGUCAACUUCGGCAGCGAGGACGACAUCCGCGGCGCGUUUGAGGAGGCGUUCAAGGAGUGCGGCGAGAUCAAGUCGAUCCGCCUGCCCUCGGACCGCGAGGCGGGCGUGCUCAAGGGCUUCGCCUACAUCGAGUUCGACAGCGUGGAGGCCAAGAACAAGGCCGGCGAGUACGACGGCUCGGAGGUUGCGGGCGGCUACAUCAAGGUGGACGUCAACGUGCAGCGCCGCGACAGCAGCGGUGGCCGCGGCGGCUUCGGCGGCCGUGGUGGCGGCCGUGGCGGCUUCGGCGGGCGUGACGGCGGCCGUGGUGGCGGCCGCGGCUUCGGCGGCCGUGGCGGUGGCCGUGGCUUUGGCGGCCGCGAUGGCGGCCGUGGCGGUGGCCGUGGCUUCGGAGGUCGCGACGGCGGCCGCGGCCGCGGGAGAGGAGGUCGGGACGGUGGCCGCGGCGGCAUGCGGAUUGACACCUCUGCCGGGUCUGGCAAGAAGAUGUCGUUCGACGAUUAAACCAUUCGUCGGAAGCGCACGUGCUAGGUCGGGUCUGCAAGCCAGGGCACGCGCCAGGCUGAAUACACGUUCCCUAGUUCGUGGCGGGCUACCUUGUCUGCGUGCUGGUUGUUUUGUCAUGUGGUGGUGGGUUGUGUUUUGUUUGGCAAGUGGUGGAUGUAAUCGUAUUAGGACACCAGAACGCGCUCCGGGCAUUGGCGGCGGAAACGCCGCCGCUGAUGGUGUGGGUUUGCUGAAGACGGCUUCCGUUGGCUGAGCGCCGCGUGCUGCGCGGACCGUGCUCAGUCGCUGUUAUGUAGGAUUCGCUGUUGUCUUCUGACGAUGCUUUGUGUGGCACGCAUGCGCUUUAGCUACCGCCCCUGGUCUGGUGCGCCGGGGCGGACGCGCGCGUAUGUGGGGACCUUUUCUCCGGCUGUGGUGAGAGGCGUUCGUGAGACCUGAUGCAUUCCAACGGACUCGGGAAAUGUUGGCGAGAGGGGAAGAGCUGAGCCGGAACGUUGAGCGUCGAGGCAAAGAUUUUGCAGGCAAAGGACUUGGUGUGAUGUCGACACUGGCACGCACAGACCGUAACUGCUUGGUAGGGUUAACUUCCGCGAGCCCAUUGGUGUCCCACUGGAACACAGCAUCUUAAGGGACAGAAGCU